AUGCAUCACAAAAUUGUCGCUCUAGACGCUUGGCACGUCCCUAUCCCCCCGAAUCUACUCAACCUGCCACCCCCACACACUUACGAGUUGAAAGUCUGCGAGACACAACUUACUUCAAACGAUGAUAUUCAAGAGGCUGUGAAAGAUGCAACUAUAGUUGCCCUUACACUCACACGUCUUGAUGCUUCAACUCUCUCGGCAGCCAAAACUCCAAAUCUUCGUCUGAUCGCGGCGUUGGCGUCCGGGACGGAUAGCAUCGAUAAACAAGAGUGUAAAAAGAGGGGAAUCAGGGUUCUUAAUGCGCCAGAUGCGAAUGGUGAUAGCGUUGCAAAUCAUGUCCUGGCGAUGUACUUUGCUUGCCGCCGACGUCUUAUGCUGAUGCAAAAGGUCAUCUUGGGAACAGAUGAAUGGGUGAGACGGGAAGAAACCGUCGGCAUUAUCGGCUAUGGAGCAAUAGGUCAGCGUGUUGCUCAGCUUUGCCGUGGUCUCGGGAUGACUGUUCUAAUUGCCUCUCGGAAGGGCGCAGUGUCGGGCUCUGUUACAGCUGCUUCUACACGAGAUACGAUGAGCACAGAAGUUCAUGAUACUCGGACACCGUUUGCGGAGGUUCUAUGUCGAUCAACAGUGCUUGUCCUAUGUCUGCCCCGCAACCCAGAGACGCUUAAUCUCAUAUCUCAUGAUGAGUUCCAAAUGAUGUCUCAGAAGACCAUCAUGAUAAAUGUUUCACGUGGAGGUAUUGUUGAUGAGCCAGCGCUCAUUCAGGCUUUGAGAGGAGGCGUGAUCGAUGGGUGCGCAACGGAUGUCUUCUUAAAAGAGCCCUCUGGUGCUGGCGAUCAUUGGAAGGAAGGCGAUAGCCCUAUUCUCAAGCUCAGUCAAGAUGAAGCGGAAGAAUUGAACCUGUUGGUUACGCCGCACGUGGCAUGGUAUGCAAGGGCAACAAUAGAUGGCUACUUAGGAGCCUACAAGGAAAAUGUUGAAGAUUGGUGUGCUGGAAAGCCAAAGAAUAUUGUUGUAUGA